AUGUCGAGGGACGAGGACUCCACGGCAGAGCUCGCUCUGGUGAACCCCCUCGGUACCACGAGCAGGCAUGGAUCACCAGGAAGGUUUCUCUCUGUUUGCAGGCGGCAGUGGACGAUGGGCUCUGCGCUGUGCAAGCUGGUGCCCGUGCUGCAAGGCACCAACAUCAUGGUGUCGGUGGGCACCAUCACGGUGAUCGCGCUGGACCGCUACUUCACCAUCGUGCGGCGCUCCAGCCAGGACGCCAGCAGCAACAGGCGUCGCGUCAUCGUGUCCAUCGUCCUCAUAUGGCUGCUGUCCCUGCUGGCCACCUUGCCCAUAUUCUUCUUCCAGCGCGUGGAGUCGUUCACCUUCCAGCGCGUGGUGAUCUACGAGACGUGCAUCGAGCGCUGGCCGACGCGCGCCGCGCAGCUCGGCUACACGGUGUGCGUGCUGCUGCUGCAGUCGGUGAUCCCGGCGCUGGUGGUGAGCGCGGUGCACGCGCGCAUCGCCUCCUACCUGCACGCGCACGCCAAGACACAGAAGGACGCGCGGCGCGCCCGCAAGGAGCUGGAGCGCAACCGCAAGACCACGCUGCUGCUGACGGGCAUCGCCGUCAUGUUCGCCGGCAGCUGGCUGCCGCUCAGCUUGUACUCGCUGCUGGUGGACGGCCAGUUCCUCACCGUCUCCACGGACAGCCUGUACGUGGCGCUGGCCGUGUGCCACCUCGUGGCCAUGUCGUCCGCCCUGUCCAACCCCAUCGUGUACGGCUGGCUCAACUCCAACAUCCGCCACGAGUUCCUGCAGCUGCUGCCCGGCCGCUGCGCCGCCUCCUUGCAGCGGCAGCACAGCGGCAGGCGGGCCCGCACCACCAUGGGCGGCGCGACGACGGCGCUCGAGGACGCGACUACGAGGACGCACCUGAACGCGUCCAACGCCGGGGCGCCGCCCCCGCAGCCGCCGCCGCCGCGAGCCGCCAGGAACGGCGCCGGCGCCGGCGACGCCAGCUGCCGCGAGAGCAUGACGCUGCUGCUGCUGCCCCAAGGGGGCAGCAAGGCCGUGGGGCCAGACACCGAGCUGUCCGUGCUGUGA